CGUGUGUUCAACAAUACAGACGAGCUAGUGGCCAAGGCUAUGAGAGAGAUCGAGGCGCCUGAUAACCCCUUUGUCCCCGCUUUCUCUUCUGUCUCCCUCCAUUUCCUUCCAUCCCCACCCGCUUCCUUGUACCAACAGCGUGUGUUCAACAGUACAGACGAGCCAGUGGCCGAGGCUAUCGAGGGGAUAGAGCAGGACUUUGCAUGGGCGGGAGUGGCGGAUUUCAAGCGAGCAGCAGCUGAAAUUGAAGAGUACAACGCGAGUGGGAGGUACCCCGUCACCCUGCUGGUCAGCACCGAGGGUGAUGAGGCAGAAGAGGGGAUUGGAGGAGGCGAGGCGAGUUGCGUUGUGGUGCAGUUGAGAUCUGCCCUGCUGGCCAAUGGGCUGCCGACAUCUGGCAGAAAGGCAGAGCUUGUGAGCCGGCUGGCAGAGGCUGGGGAGCAUGUGGGUGGGGCGAGACGUGGGGUAGGCGAAAGAAGGCGGGAUGAGGGGGUUGAGAGUGAGCGGGAUGAGGUGGUGAAGGUGAAGGGACGGAAGCGAGUGAGAGCAGAGGAGGGCGAUGGUGAAGAGGCUGGGGACGCAGGGGAAAUGAGGGAGGAGCAAGGUGACGAGGGCAAGGGGGGUGCAGGGGAGAGGUUGGGUGGGAGAAGAGUCACCCGUCUGGCUGCUCGGAAGGCUAAGGAGGAUGGGUUGGAGGGAAAGGAGCAAGGGGAUGAGGGGAGGGAGUGGGGGAGUGGUAGUAAGAGGGGUAAGGGGAGUGGUGCUGGGAGUGAGGAUGGGAGUGAGGAGGAGAGUGAGAGUGAGAGUGGGAGCGGGAGUGGGAGUGACAGUGGUUCUGACUGGGGGAAGGAGAGGGGGGAGGUCAGCAACAGCAGUGAGAGUGAGGAGGAGGAGAUGGGGGGGGAGGAGGAGGUGGGAGAGAAGCAGGAGAUGAGCGAGGCAGAUACAGCAGAUAGAGUCACAGCUCGUACAGUCACAGCUGGUACAGUCACGCGUGAGGGUGAGAGAGGAACGGAGAAAGGAGAGGAUGGAAAGGCUGAAGAGGCAAGGGAGAAUUUGAGGAGGGUGGAGAUGAGGAGAGGGAUGGGACGGGAGGAUGGAGGCAGGGGGUUUGACGGGCAAGCGGAGGGAGAGGAGAGAGAGGAGGGGGAGGAGGGGGAGGAGGGGGAGGAGGGGGAGGAGGGGGAGGAGGGGGAGGAGGAAGAGGAGGUGGAAGAGGUGGAGGAGGUGGAAGGGGGGGAUGAUGAGGGCAAGGAGGGGAAAUCCAGAGAGGGCAGAAGACCAGUACAGAAGAAGCAGAAAGUCAAGGACAGAGGAGGGGAAGAAGAGGAGGAGAUGAGUGAGGGAGCAGAGAGAAGUCGGAUGAUGGAGGCUGCUCGACAGGAUCCUUCGCAGGGCAAUCUGUUGAGGGUGCUGCGGCGAGUGUUUGGCUUCGAUCGGUUCCGAGAUGGACAGGUGGCAGCGAUCCAACGGGUGCUGUGUGGCCAAUCAACGCUCCUCGUUCUGCCAACUGGCGCUGGGAAGUCGCUCUGCUACCAGUCACCCAGUGAGAGCGGAGCAGUGACUGAAAGGCUCAGAGGAGGGGAACUGAAGGUGCUGUUUGUGUCGCCUGAGCGCCUGGCUGCUCCUUCCUUCCUCCGCCUGCUUUCCAGCCUGCCCCAGGGCGUGUCCCUCGUGGUGUUCGAUGAGGCGCACUGCAUUUCAGUGUGUCUCUACCUCUUAAUCACAGAUUUCUUUGACAAGACCCACUGCAUUCCAGAGUGGGAAGGAGGGGCUGGUGGCGACAACACUAACAGCAGCAACAUUCCCCGCAGGCCGUGCAUUCUCGCCAUCACAGCCACUGCCACGCGCCUUGCCACGUCAUCGCUCAUCGCAGCGCUGGGUAUCCCGCCGGGCGGCGUGAUUCGUCGCGGAGUGGUGCGGCCAAACCUGCACCUCUCAGCCUCAAUAACCGGGGCCAAUGGGCAUGCACCUGGGACUGCAUCAGUGCCUGGAGCUGGGGCGUUGGCUGCAGGGGGAGAGAGCACGUGGGGGGGCGGGGCAGCAGCAGCAGGGCAGAGCAGGCAGCGGGCGCUGGUGGAUCUGCUAAUGGCUCCUCCCUUUGCUUCUGCCCGCAGCAUCAUUGUCUACUGCUCCUUCCAGGUGGGUGCUCCUUCCAGGUGGGUGCUCCUUCCAGGUGGGUGCUCCUUCCAGUAA